CUCUUCUUAUCAAUUUAUAUCUCCCCUCUUCUCUCUCAUUUACUCAUUCAUUCCCACUUUCCUCGCUACAGCUUUUUCACUUCUAUUUUCUUUCUUUCUUUCGUUUUUAAGGCUACAUAGCUAUACUAACAUUAAUUAAUAUCAAUGGAGUCUACUCGGCGCAAGGAGUUUUCUAAAGUGCAAUGGAGGAGGAGACGAAGGCGUUCCACGACGGGUCGUCGUGGUGGUUCGGUACGCUUGAAGGUGAGGAAGUUGCAGAAGUUAAUUCCGGGAGGACAAGGGUUGCAGCCGGAUCGGCUUUUUUUAAAGACAGCAGAUUACAUUUUGCAUUUGAGGUUGCAAGUUAAUGUUUUGCAAGCUCUUUCCAAGAUUUACCAACCAUGAAUUCUAUUUCUUGUAUUAAUUUUUUUUCUCCUUGUUUCACGUUAUAAUCUUAUUAUUAUCAUAAUUAUAUAAUCUCUAAA